UUCUCAGAAAAAUAAUGAAUAAAAGUCCAAAGUCUGACUAAAAAGAAGCUCUCCAGUUUGUUCUUAAAAAUAGGAAGGAAGAUGACUUUUAUUUUGAAGGCAGACAUAAAGCUGGCACAGGCAGGGUGUUUUAUUUUGAAGGGCCCAGCCUCCACAGAGGUAGAGUCUGAGCGGAGGGAGGUUGGAUCUCAGUAGCAACAACUAUGACAGGAUCGAAGUUCAGCAGCUGAGUCAGGCCGGUUGUCUUGGACGGAGACCGAGCACCGGAGGACGCGCGAGGAGUGUAAGGACGUCGGUGUUACCUGGACGGACUAAACUCGGAGGGACUCGCUCGGUUUGUGGAUCCACGCAGCGGCGGCGGCUGGAGCCCGAAGCUCGGAGAGCGUUGAGCGGCUUGGCGGCGGUCCUGCUGCUAACGAAACAUGAACAAAAACCACCGAGUGCAGAGCAGCCGUUCUCUCAGUGCCGUGGAGGUGAAGAGCAAGUUUGGUGCAGAGUUUCGUCGGUUCUCACUGGAUCGGUCGAAGCCGGGCCGCUUCGAUGAGUUCUACGGCCUCCUGCAACACGUGCACCGCAUCCCCAACGUGGAGCUGCUGGUGGGCUACGCCGACGUGCACGGCGACCUGCUGCCCAUCAACAAUGACGACAACUACCACAAGGCCAUCUCUACCGCCAGCCCCCUGCUCCGGCUGUUCCUGCAGAGGAAAGAGGAGGCAGAUUACACGGCGUUCGGUACCGACUCGCUGACCAGGAAGAAGAACACGGUGCUCUCGGCGGUUCUUCUGCGACCCGACGCCAACAGGAAAAAGCCGCCAGUCAUCAUCAGCCUCCCGAGGGACUUCCGGCCCGUAUCCUCCAUCAUCGAUGUCGACAUCCUGCCGGAGACGCACCGCCGUGUUCGCCUCUACAAGCACGGCCAGGAGAAACCGCUGGGCUUCUACAUCCGCGACGGCUCCAGCGUUCGGGUCACAGCGCAGGGCCUGGAGAAGCUCCCGGGAAUUUUCAUCUCCCGCAUGGUUCCUGGCGGCCUGGCCGAGAGCACCGGCCUGCUGGCGGUCAACGAUGAGGUGCUGGAGGUGAACGGGAUCGAGGUGGCUGGGAAGUCUCUGGACCAGGUGACGGACAUGAUGAUCGCCAACAGCCACAACCUCAUCAUCACCGUCAAGCCUGCCAACCAGCGGAACAAUGUUGUUCGCAGCGGAGGAGGCGGUGGCGGCGGUGGCGGUGGCGCGGCGUCCGGUAGUUCUGGACGCUCGUCGGACAGCGGCGCCAGCUACUACGGCUACUCAUCGCAGGCCGCCGCAGCCUCCAUGCCGAUGCACAUCAUCCAGAACUUCCCGGUAGAUGAGCUGGAGAGCGAAGAUGAGGACCUGGUGAUUGAGGCGGAUGGCGAGGCCGAGCCCAUCAGGCGAGCCCCAUCCAACUACAGCAUGCCGUCGCUGCCUCGCUACGAGCCUCACCUCAACCUCCGCGCCGCCACCACCUCCGUCUCCUCCUCCGCCCUCUCCAUCAACGCCAACGGGACCCUGCCGGCCAGUGGCAGCAGCGGGUCGCUCAGCAACACCAACGCCACCUCCACCACGUCGUCGCCCGACAGAGCGACGGAGAGGCGGAGUCUGGAGGAGGACGGCACCGUCAUAACGCUGUAAACGCCCAGCGUUCACACACUAAACACUGGAAACCACAGAGGGACUCAGAAACUUCCACAAACACUCGGGGGAGUGACGGACCAGCAAAUCAAACAUACCAACAUCCAACUCCACCACACAGCGACUGUACCUGAGAAGCACAAAGAUUUGUGUACAUAUGUAACGGGAACACGACACCGACAUGUUUGUACGUCCAAACAUUUACACCAUGCUUUGCUGCUCUACAUGCCAAUGAUCACGCAUGUGUGCCAUAGUCUGAACCCCCAACUCAUCACACCUGCAGACACAAAAACGUCAAAGCAAGAAGUUGAAUUCGACGCCCUGCAUUUUAUAUCUGAAUAGGGAUCGACCGAUAAGGGUUCUCCAGGGCCAAUUGUUGGUAUUUUAGAAAGGCUGAUGGCCGAUAUUUGGGACUGAUUUACAUUUCAUGUUAUAUUCUAACAGCAUGUGUCAGCAGAAAACUCGUCGUCCAUAACGAGGCUUCUUCAAUAACAUGAACCAUUACUAAAUAUGUAUGCUAGCAAUAGGACCGAUGAUGUCAGAGCAUUUACUGAUCAUCGAUUGAUUGAGAUUGAACAGUUUGUCUCUCCAAGCUUUUAAAAUUUUAUCACGUUUAUUAGCCACUAAGGGCCCAGAUCUUAAAUCAUUAUUUAUUAUUAUUUUCCAGACACAGUUCCUGCAGGUGCCUUCUACCGUAGCCACUAGCUGCUAACCUCUAGCGGCUAGCAGGUAGUCUCUAGUUGCUAGCCUCUAGCCUCUGUGAAGGUAGCUCAUUUCCUGUGGCGAUGGCUGCGUUUCCUGUUCAGUUUUUGCUGGGCUGAGGCCACCAAAUGUGCUCGUCUGUCUCUCUGUGUAAACAGCCUCCAGUGAUUGGCUGUUACUCAUGACUUGUAACCAAUCAGACAGAGCUGUGGGCGGGACAUUUGUACGAACGGACAGGCGGCUAUCUGACCCAAAUUAGCACUUUUAAUUUAUCGAUAAUUGGUAACUGGACAAACCAAACAUCGGUCCUGAUAAUCGGUCGUCCCUGUUUCUAAACCGCUAAAGACACUUUAGCUCCUUUUAGAGGGCAAGUAUGAAACUUCUUAUUUUAAACAUCACAUCUCCAGUGUGUGAAUAGUAAAUGCACUCUGAAGCAGCUUUUUUUUUUUAAGCUCCAGCUUUUGUCUGUGGUUGUUUUUCACACUUUAGUCCCACUAAGACCACUUGCCUUGCGAUACUUUCCACACAUUGAAGUACCACAUUACUCAACACAGAUCUGCGACAGUACUGCAGCUUUUAUUUAGGGGAGAAACCACCUAAAAAACAAAACAAACAAAAACAAAUCUGGGUUCUUUGUGCUGACUCAGAUGCUUUUGACCACUAUUUUUAGCCAUUCGUCCUGUUUUUACGGCCGACUGAUGAAUUCAUUUACCAUUUAGCUUGUGCUUUGUAUCAUUUUCUGUUUCUUUUUACUUGUGUCUCACGAGUGACUCUCAAGUUUCCGAAGUUGUGACUCCAGAAAACUGCUCCUGCCUGAUAUGAAAGGUAGAAUUAAUUUCCCUCGUUGUGUUUUUCCUCAUAUUGCACUCCUUCUCCUUUCCGUGACAAGGGCUAUUUCCCCUGCUGCAUGUGUGUAAAUGACGAAACAUGAAUGUGAUUUUGAUUUUGUUUGUUUUUCCUUCUUUUUUUUCCCCCCGUUCUCUCCAGACCAGAACUCCACAUAUCUGAUCUGUGCGACGUGUUAGUUCACUUGGAUGAGACAUUUACAAUUUUUUAUUUUGAUUUUUUUCAUUUAAUAGUUAAAGACUUGCUGUGGGAGAACGUGAUGCAACAGCUGCAUUCAGAAUUGCUAUAAAAUCUGGAAUUUGGGCCUAAAUGGCUCAAAACUCAACUAUUGGGUCAUUCCAGAAUUAGAGGAAAACCUUCUCUUUACAGUUUUCUGCUCCAUAUUCAUCAAUAAUAGGUAAUAAACUAUUAAAGGCUUGAUAGGCUCAGCUUACACAUCAAUGGUACCAUUUUUAUUCCAUGUUUUACUUGUUGUUUGCUAACUCUACUCUAAUCACAGUAACAGGGUUGAUAAUCCGUGCUAAUGCUAGCUUUUUCUCAGCAGUAGAAGCUAGAUACUGAUGGAAAACAGUCAAAAUAAUUAGUCUUAUCCUGAUAAUAUGAGGUAGAGAGAGACAUUCAAUCAAGGCUGACAAUGUUAUGAAACAUUGAAGAGAGGACAUAGAUUUGCUCUACCCAUUCUAUUGGAAAACUGUUUGAUGACUUAAACAACAAAAAUGAGACAAAAUGACAGAAAUAAGACAGAAAAGACAAAAAGAAGACACAAAAUGACAAAACAAGAUACAAAGCGACAAAUAUGAGACAAAAAAUGACAAAAACAAGAUAGAAAAUGCCACAGUGAGACACAAAACGACAAGAAUCGGACACAAAAUAAAGCUAGAUAAAACGACAAAAACUAGACACAAAAUGACAAAACCAAGACGCAAAACAACAAAAACUAGUCACAAAAGACAAAAAAUGUCAUGAGCAGGGUUGCUGUCCUCCAGUUCUGGAAUGACCCUAUUGUUGUCCCACACUAAGUCCUGGACAGUCUGAGUCACAUUGAAACUAAAGCAUGCAGGUGUGCUGAGCAUAAACCACUUUCUGUUUGAUAAAGGUGAGGCCAGUUGGCUUUAUUCCAGCUCUGACCUGCGUUUGGUGACUCCACUGGCUCUAUAAUGAAGCCAGAAUUUACCGUCGCCUCUUAAAAUGUGCAAGUUGGGCCGUAAAAUCCGACUUUAACUGGAUUUUGUUGGGGUGAAAUCGGGCAGAAAUGUUCUCACGGUUCCUGAGCAGAUCCAUACCCUGUAAUAUAAUAUAUAAUGUACGUCCAUUAGCAUUACACGCUGCUGCUAACCGCCUCCCUGAAGUGAGAGCAGACGGUCAAUUAUUCCACUUAUUGAUUUUCUUUUCUCUCUUCUGUUCCAAGUGCUAACCCUGACUUUACAUGGAUUUGUAUCAGUAGUGCUUCAGAGUCGUGUGCAUUAAAAACGCAUGAAGGUCCACCGCUUGUAGAAAAAGACAAGAUUCAAAACAACAAAGAGGAGACGCAAAAUGACAAACGAGAGAAAAUGACAAAAAUAACAAACGAGAAAAUGACAAAAACGACACAAAACGACAAACUGAACGACAAAAACGAGACAUAAAAUGACAAAAACAAGGAACACGACAAAAUCUAGACACAAAACGACAAAAAUGAGACAAAACAACAAAAACAAGGCGCAAAAACGACAAAAAUGAGACAUAAAAUGAUAAAAACAAGGAACACGACAAAAUCUAGACACAAAACGACAAAAAUGAGACAAAACGACAAAGACGAGACACAAAACGACAAAAACAAGGCGCAAAAACGACAAAAAUGAGACAUAAAAUGAUAAAAACAAGACAAAACAAGAUGCAAAACGACAAAAAGCGACAAGAACAAGACACAAAACGACUAGCUCUGUUUAUCAGUUUAUCGUGUGAAUCCCUGAUGAGCUCGUUAGACAAACUGCACACUAAAGGUUAUUUUAUUGGCCUUCUAUGGUACAGAAAAUGCUGUUAUUUCUUCUUCCAUUCCCUUUAACGAAUCAUCCGACUGUUGGAAAUCUGUUAAUUUAUUCUCUUGAUCUCUAACUUUUACCGCAGGACACUGGGAUUGUUUUUUUUUUAAUUUAUUCUCUAAUCAUAUGUCUGCAUAUUUUCUUCCUUUGUACACAUUUUAUGACUUUAUUUUUAUAACUGAUGUGUUGUUUUUUUUGUUUAUUUGUGAUUGUUUGGUCAUAAAUCUCAUGGUACAGUAGAUUUUAUCGCCCGUUAGAGAUGAUUAGUCCGUGAUUUUAGUGUUCUGGCUGAUCAGAGGAGGACACUAUCACUGUUUUUUUUUCAUACUGUGAAUUACUAUCAUCAUCAUCAUCAUUAUUAUUAUUGUUAUUAUUCUGUGGGAGAGAAACCGUGGUAUUAGUGCAACCACCUCAGAACAGGCUAAGUGUUGUGCUUUGAUUGUUCUUAUUUUUUUAAAUGAUUUUUGGCUUGCCAGAUACAUCUUAUGGUCUAGAUUUGUAAUAAAGAUUGUCAGUAUUUUCAUAUCAAUGCUAUAUAUGAUGUACAUUUUAUCGACAUUAAAUGAAAAGAUGUUUUAAGACUGGAAAUGUAUGAAAAGUAUGAUGUACACCUGUAACUGCUGAUUGGAGGAGCUGGAUAAAAUAAACUAAUAUGUAGCAAUAA